CAUCCCACAACCAAUUGAAUUUCCUACCAGAAACCAUGACGAGUUGCUAGAGCCCGCUUUAUUCAAGCUUCUAUCCACCAGAGGCCAUGUCUGCGCGGAAGGUCCCUCCACCCAGCCGACCCGCCAGUCUUGGCCCGCCAGAGGCUGCAAUUGCCGGGCGAGCCGACGGGAAGGUUCUGAUUCCCCGGGAUCGAUCGAGGAUCGUACCAGCUAGCACACAGAUACGUACCUCUCGUGCUUGCGAUCCUUGUCGGCAGCGCAAGGCCAAAUGCAAUGGGGGGAAACCGACAUGUACCCAGUGCGAGAGGUUCGGGAUCGAAUGCAGGUACUCAGAACAGAAGCGAACCCAAGAGAAAAGAGAGCUUGACAUGUUGCGGGCAGCUAUCAAGCGACACGAGCGGAUGCUGCAACUUAUGUCGCACCGCCCGUCCGGCGCUGCACUUUCCACCCGUGGGGAGAGUCCAUAUGCUGUGGCUUUACCACAGACAGAGGCGCUAGCUACCCAGCAAACGCUGCCUGGUCAACUGGACCGCACGAUAGAGCUUCUCCAGACCCAGCUACGUGAGCUGCAUUAUGUGUAUCAGAAUGUUCACGAUUGUGACCCCACACUUCUUCCUGCUGUGGUGGACACAAUCCGUAGGAGUUCCUCAGUGCAUGAGGCAGCCAGCCUGCUGAGUCGGCAGAUGUCGUCACAAUUUCCGGGUAUAACUCUGGAGAGGAUGCAGAGGUCGUGGCUGACACGGCUAUCGGGAAAGCCGGAGCUGGUGAACCGAAACCCCCCCUAUAGCGUGAAUGCUGCAGAACGUUGGACGUCAAUUGUUGAUGAUGCGGCCACUUCGCAUCUCUUCUCUUUAUUCUUCGUCUGGGAUAACCCAAUUUGGCAUAUCGUUGAUCCAGUGUCAUUCCUGGAUGAUUUUCAGCAUGGAGGGACACACUUCUGCUCGUCACUCUUGGUCCAUACCAUUCUUUUCUAUGCGUGUCACCUUUCAUACGACUUUGGAAAGCCGUGGGACCGGCGCAUGGAAAUGUCUACCGCCAAACGGCUUCUGCGGGAGGUGGAACGCCUGUGGCAUUGUGAUAAGAUGAAAAUUACAAUACCCACCAUGCAGUCAGCCCUUCUCUUAGGGUUGUUCUUCUGCGCUACAGGGAAAGACAAGAUCGGAGUAGAGUAUAUUCGAUAUGGCGCACGAAUGGGAUUGCAGCUGGGCCUGCACAAGUCGUCGUUUGGGACAGUCCAAAUCGAUCCAGCAGAGGCACCUCGCAUUAGACGAGCUCAUAAGCUCAUAGCUAGUGCAGUUUAUGAGGUGCAGACUCUUUCUGUGCAAUUGGCAAGGAUACCGUCAGUAUGGCCGGGACCAUCGGAGCUUGCCUUUGCUGAAGAAGAAGUAGCGGCGGCGGAUGUCAAUCAGCAGUGGUCACCGUACCCAUUUACCCACCCUAUCCACAAGCCUUUCUUUUAUACGGCGUUAUGGUGCAGAAGAAACCUAUUGAUCAUUGUUAAUGAUGUGGCGAAUUUGCAGCGGCGUCUCGGUGGACAGGUUGACCUCUCCGGAUGGCAGCAUGGUGCUGUAUUGUAUCACAGACUUCUAAGCCUCGAAAGGAAUAUUCCUACCGUCCUAGGGGUACAGCGCAACAGGACCCCCCACAACCUAUGUUUUCACAUGUAUUACCACAUGACAGUAGUCAACCUCUGCGGGCUCUUUAUAUCCCGUAAUAGCACUGGACCGACGGAGGCGCUAAUACAAUCCACCAAAUUCGAUCCUCAAAGGAUACUGGGCGAAGCGAUGGACUCGAUUGCCACUUUAAUAUUGCUCUAUCGGGUAUGCCAUGGUUGGAAGUCCACCCCAGUGGUGAUGGCUCACUACUUUAUGGUGGCCGGUGUACACGCGGCCUCGCACCUGGAGUCGUCAAAGUGGCGCGAAGUGUUGAUCAGCUGUGUCUCUGGUCUCUGGCAUAUGGGCCUGGUUUGGAGGGUCUGUCGACCAUUUCUGCGGACGAUUCAACUAGUACUCCAAAGCAAGAACGAGACCUUGAUUCCCACCGAAACAAUGGCAAUAUUGCGUGAAUUCAACGAGAAGGUGUGGAAUCGGAACGAGGUAGACGCACUGGCAGCCAACUAUGUGGUGCAACACCAUCCGAGUCAACCACUCGCGCUGGACCAAGACAGUAACUUUCAAGGCAAAGGUCUCGAAAGCUUGAUACGAGAUUUCGAGAAACUAAGCACGGAUGGUUAGGAACAGGAAGAAUGAAGAGAGGGAGAGGAUGAAAAGAGGAGGAAAAGUACCGGUCUGUAUACGGAUGACUGUAAAAUAAUGUUUGUUUAUGUUUGAUGAUACCAUGCAGCACACGGAGCGGGUCACGAGCUAUGAGAAUAUUCGACUCAGGCAGCAAUCUACCAUUUAUUUUCCACUUUUACAA